CAGUGAAUGCAGAGCACGUUGUAACGAAAGUGGAUAAGCGUUUCCUCCGUAUAUAAGGUGCAGCAGUAGGACUUUCUUCACGUGCCACUCUGUUUCGCGCUGUCAGGACCAUCCAGUGCACACAAUGGGCUACGCACAGGUGAUAGUAACGGCUGUCGCCAUGAUGAUGCUGGCCGUCGUCCGAGCCCAGAUUCAAAAUUUUGUUCCUUUCGGAGCUUACCCUGCUGACAGUCAACAACAGCAGCUGUACCAGUCAGCGGCCGCUCCGGUACAAGGGCUGCGGGUGCAGCUUAGCAACCCCGCGGGGUUCAACCUGCUGCAAGCCAUUCCGCAGGGGCCAGCGCGGUUAAUCCCUGGCUCGGCCCUUAAUCAAAAUUCCUUUGCCGUGCCCCAGCUGCCUGCUCAGUCAGCGUUUGUGAGUUUACUGCCCCAGCAGCAGCAGCAGCAGCAGCAGCAGCAGCAGCAGCUGCAACAGCCGCAACAGCUGCAACAGCUGUCCAGUACGGUCCUGGCAAACCCUGCGCAGUUCAGAUCCCCAGAGACGGGCAAAUCUGCACCGGCCGGAGGUCUGCUUGGGGUGGCCUUCUCACCGGCUUCAGACGUGUCUCAGCUGAAGUUCAGUGGGAGCUUCGCUAACUACUCAUACUGAUCCUGCUUCUGGUAUGAGCUACAGGGAGCCGAAUUUGUAUCCCAGUAGCCUGGUGGUGUCGUCAUUUCUGUGUACCCUGGCAAUCGCGUCUUGUGUUCCGCUCCUCCCGAGCUACAACACUGCAACCAGCUUAGCAGAGAAGGCAACAUCUGGGAACUAUUACAAUCAGGACUCAUACGCGAAGGACGUUUCCAGGAUCCGUCAUGUGUCCACAACUCUACUAAACAAGGCCGAUUCUGCCAAUGACUUCGCUAUAGCUUUGUCCCAACCGCUUCCGGUAAUUGAUCCUGCUGCUAUUGUUGACCCUGUAAUUCCAUACUUUGGUGCUCCUAUUGUGGAACCAUCAGUUCCAAUAGUCGAUCCUAUUGUUCCGUACAUUCGUAAUCCUAUAGUUGACCCAUUAAUUCCUUAUGAUCCUCGAGUUAUUUCACCUCUGGGUCCUGUUGUCGAACCUGUAGUCCCAUACCAGAUUCCUUUUUAUGGCGUGGAUCCUUACUUACCUGCAGUCGAACCCGUACUCCCAUACGUAGGUUCUCCUUAUGGACCAGUCAUUGAACCUCUCGCUGCAUACAAUUUUCCAGGUCUCUAUGGGCUCGGCAGACCUCUCUGAGUCUCCGAUUCUCCUUCGUCAUAUAAAUAACUUAUAAAAUUAUGGUUCUCUUUAAAUACUUUAAAGGUUUGAACAUUACGAUUUACUGGAAUGUAAGGCUGUGUAGUUGUUUCCAUUUUGAGAUAGACGUGCGAACUAAGAUGACCCUCAUCUAUCAUCUGGGGCUGGUAUAAUAGGCCAGAAGUGGCCGCAGUACCAAGUGCCCUCAGUCCCACCCCACCAAAAAAGAAAAAAAAAAAAAAAAGAUGACUGUUAAGCUGGAGUCAAUUUCUUCCCCAAAGUUAGUAGGCCUGUGUACCAAACUACACGACUUUACACCCCAGAAGGCUGUAAUGUCCAUGGUUACCGCUGUGAGAACCUCAGAUCUCAUUUCAAUGCUUUACUUACAAGAGUUUCACCCCCUUCUCUUGUGUUGUCAUAUUUGUUUGAUAUCAUUUAUAAUACAUGGAACGUAUCAUCGCUUUAGUUCUUAAUGGCUCUACAGCCAACUCUGCGGAGUAGAGGGAACAAGGACAUAAAGUUUGAAACAUGAAUAGUUGAUCAGAGGAAACAUAACAAAAGAGAUUCUUUCUAAUUUGUAUUAUGAUACACGUGGUUCAAUCAUGGAUACAAAGCCCUGAUGCCCAAAGGAUGUAAAAGCAUUUAUAGCCAAAAAAUAAUUAAAAUCUGAAAUAGAACCAUUACGAACUAAGGCAACGACACGUUUAGACCACAUUGUGUUAAUAAGUUUCAAUUUUAUAUCGGAGAAAAUUUCAAAAGACUUAAGUUGGGAUAUUUGUGGACGUAUUUCAGUGAUGUCAAUCAAUAUGUAUUUAUACUGAAACAAUAAAUUAUAUGCUGGGGA